AUGGCCCGUCUACUCUUCCUCGUCGUGUUAGCCAGUCUCGCAACUGCCCAAACAACCAUCUCUGUAAUAGCACCGUAUGAAACCCCCAACCAAAGAGGAAUAGCAGCCUCCGUAGUUGGCGCUGAUACCGCAAAAACAACGUACGCCAUUGCCUGCAAAGCCGCGAACUGCAACAUCAAGGAUGAAACCAUGACUGUUACCCAGGGCGCGUUGACGUAUGCCCACACGGUUGUGACUACCGUGACGGAUUGGGAUGGAAGGUUUCCGGAUGAGUUGGAGAGUGGGAUUGAUACGAUGUACCGGACGGCUACUUUGUCCAACGGUGUUUCUUGCGAACUGAAUCCAAAGCUGAAUCGGGCUUCUUGCAAUGGCGUCUUCGCCGUCACGGUUGGCUCGAAAUCCAAGUCCCAGAAAGCCAGGGAGGUUGUCACCGCGUACAAGGAGUCCAUGGUGGCAGUCACGAUUACUGCUGGAGUUGAUAAACUUUCACCUGCGCCUGGUGCUACGCAUGGGAGCGACAUGCCCACGGCGACAGAGAGCACAGAUGAGUCUGACCCUACGGUGUCGUUGAGCAAGACCAAGGCGAGUGAGUCUGUGUAUUCGUUGACUCCGCUGGCCAGUGUAUCUACAUCUGCGUCAGUGACACCCACCCGGACGAGCACAUCUGGUGCUGGUGCCAAGGGGAGCUGUCGUGCUGGCUUGGCUGGUGCUGUUGCCGUCAUUGGAGGCAUGUUGCUCCUAUAG